GCGCUGCGCCGCCGUGACUCGCCGCCGCCGCGCUCGCAGCACCCGGGUCCAGCCGCCCCGCCGCUCCGGAGGCGAGACCCCAACGCGGGGCACCGGCGCAAUACAUUUCAUCUGCUCAUGAAUGGACUUUUAAAAGACUUCAUACAAAAUACAUGUAAAAAUGGAAACUUCAUCUUUGCUGUCAUCCUUACAUGAUGAAUGCAGAUCAGACAACUAUAUUGAACCUCAUUACAAGGAAUGGUACCGAAUAGCUAUUGAUGCUCUGAUUGAAGGAGGUUUAGAAGCCUACAAAGAAUUUCUUUCCAAAGAGAGAUGCUCAGAGUUCCUAGCAGAUGAGGAGAUUGAUUAUAUUUUGAACAAUGUUCACAAACUUCCCCAAAACACAAUUUAUUCCUCUAACCAUGCCAUUGAUGACACCUCUUCAUCAGGAACCUACUGGCCCAUUGAAUCAGAUGUGGAGGCUCCAAAUCUUGACUUAGGUUGGCCCUAUCUGAUGCCUGGAAUUUCUGGUGGCACAAAUAUUGAUCUGCUUUUUCAUCCACCACGAGCACAGCCUUACACCAUUAAGGAAACUGUUCGGAAGAUGAUACGAGACGCAAGAAAGGUCAUUGCCGUUGUUAUGGAUAUGUUUACAGAUGUGGAUAUUUUUAGAGAAAUUGUGGAAGCAUCUGCUAGAGGGAUUGCAGUGUAUAUCCUGCUUGAUGAGUCGAACUUCAGUCACUUUCUGAAGAUGACAGAGAAACAAGGCUGUCAAGUUCAAAGGCUCAGGAAUAUGAGGGUGCGGACAGUGAAAGGACAAGAUUACUAUUCUAAAACAGGAGCAAAAUUCCAUGGAAAAAUGGAACAAAAAUUUAUUCUUGUUGACUGUAAGAAAGUCAUAUAUGGUUCUUACAGCUUUAUGUGGUCAUUUGAAAAAACCAACCUCAGCAUGGUUCAAGUUAUCACAGGACAGCUUGUUGAAUCCUUUGAUGAAGAGUUCAGGACACUGUAUGCCCGUUCUUCCGUUCCCAGCUCGUUUGCUCCAGAAUUAGUGCGGGUAAACAGUCGCAAGACACUCUGGGAUAAUGAUACAUACCAGCAUUCAGUGUCUUCCUUGGCUUCAGUUUCUAGCCAAAGAAACCUUUUUGGUAGGCAAGACAGUGUUCUCAAGAUAGAUCCUGUUUGGAAAUCUCGUGGAAGAUAUGCAGUAAAUGAAAUAGAUAAAUAUGGCUUGAGAAAUCAAGCCUAUAAUAAGCAACCAUUUAAUCCAUCUUUUAAUGUUCAAAAUCCAAUACAGCAAUAUCAACCUAGUGAAAAAAAUGAGCACUGGAAGAGACAUAGUUACGCUGGAGAGAAGCCAGAAAGGACACCUUACCUAUUGCUCAACAGAGCUAUUAACAGAGCAAACAAUCUACCAAAUACUUGGAAAAUGCCAUCUGAUAGCCUUAGUAUUGUGUCUUCAUUACGAGGAGGAUAUGCAAAUAACUACAAUAUUCCCCAGCAGAGUUUUGCCGAUCAGUUCUCACGACCAAAGGUGAAUCUUGCGGACAGAAAUUCAAUUGUGCGGAGGUCUUUUAACGGGACAGAUAAUCAUAUCCGCCAUCUGCAGCAGAGGAUGCCAACCCUUGAGCACACAACAAAAUCAUUCCUACGUAACUGGCGAAUAAAGUCCUAUUUGAAUGACCAGUCAGAUUAUCCAGUAGAGUCAAAUGGGUCAGCCUUGGGUGACAGAUAUGAUGGCUAUGACACAGCUGAAAAUAUUAAAGCUCAUGCACUGUACUCUCAUUCUCGCUUGCGAUCGUCAUUGGUGUUUCAGCCAACUUUGCCUGAACAGCAGGAAGUAAGCAGCUGUGCAAGUUCUUCAAAUUCAACUAUAAUUGGGUCAGAGGGAAGUGCAACACCCAAAGGGACAUCUAACCAUGCUCCGAGUGUGGAAGAUGGAGCAGAUAAUAAUUUAGAGGAGCUUAGCACAAACUCUCCUCUUAAAUCAGAUGCACCAACAGGCCACAGAAUUCAGAUUGCAGACAACAAAAAACCUAGUGUAAAUUCAAAUGCAGCUGGCGACUCAUCACUGUAUUUGUACACAACGCUGUGUACAGACAAACAUGCAGAAAAUUUGAAGAACCUUCAAAAUGAAAAUAUGCUCAAAAGGAGAAGUUUUCCCAUGUUUAAUUCAAAGUCCAUAUUGGAUCCUGCUACCAACAAACAUGCAUCCAAUUAUGUUUACAGCACAUUGACUAGGCACAGACUUAAGCAGCCAGUUAGUCCAAAACUUCCAGAAGACAUGCUGAAGAGUGCUAAAAGUUUGCAUAGUGUAACCAAUCACUUGCCACAGGAGGAAAAAGACCUGAAAGGAGAGCUGAAGAGCCCGACUGCUAGCAAGGCAAUCUCCAUGGCAGCUCUCACUGAAGCUAGCAGGGAGGAGUCUAGUAAGGAUUGCACAUCGAAGAAAGAAAGUAAGAAUUCCCCAAGUUUUCUGAAGAAAGGAUCCCAGAAACUGCGGUCACUUCUUAAUCUCACACCAGACAAGAAGGAAAACUUGUCAAAAAACAAAGGCCCUUCCUUUUACAGAAUGUGUAGUAGUUCUGACACAUUGGUUUCUGAAGAUGAGAAUCAAAAACCAAAGAUUUCUGAAAAUAAGACAGAUUCUUCCCCAAGGAGAAAAAGAAACUCAUCAUCAAAUUCUCAAGGUAGUUUGAACAGAAGUAAAGAGGAUGUCACCGGGAGUCCAAAAAAGUCUCCAAAGUCUCCAAAGUCACCGAAAUCUCCAAAACCCCCAUCUGAUGAGAGCAAUAAAAAGUGUCCUCUCUUGUGCCCCCUUGAAACUAAGUUCAUUGAAACUGCAGGAGAUCCGUCUACUCCAAGAUUUAAUACAGAACAGAUUCAGUAUCAAGAUGCAAAGGAAAUCUCCACCAAUGCUACUUCCGAAAGCGCUCCUGUUUCUGCUCUCCAAAGAGCAAGUUCAGUGACACCACAGCUGGCAAGCUCCAAGCACCAAGAAGAGCUGAGAUCUCGUUUGAGUGAAAGGCGUGUUUAUAGUCGCUUUGAGCCAUUCUGUAAGAUGGAAAAUGCCAGCCAACCUGCAGGAAAUGCAGCCAACAGCAGUUCACAUCUAUCAGAUAUCAAAAGCAAGACCUUAGGGAAUAAUUAUGGCAGGAGUAAUCACAUGGUCAGCUACAACUCAGCUGCUUACCACCCACUGCAGCCUAAUGAAAACAAGCUGAGAGGAUUUAUGCAAAAGUUUGGGAACUUCCUACACAAAAACAAGUAAUGUUAUAAUUUUGUUGAUUAUAUUGAAAUGCAGCAAGACUGGCAAAUCUGGACAUAAUUUUAAUUGGACAAAGACUCGUGGCAACUUUAUAGAGUUGACUUGGAUUUCUCCUUGGGUCUAGGUCAUUGGAAUGAAUGUACAUAUUUUUAAAAAUAAUUAUUCUAGAAUUGUUAUACUUAAAUCUUCACAGAAAUUCUCUGUCCAGAAGAUGUCUCAAGGAAGUUGUUUAUAGUGUUGAUAUUGUAAGAUUAAUUUUAUACAUUUUCCUUGUGAAGAAACUACAUUCUAGUAUAUUUUAAGAUUAAUAAACAUGGGGUAAAAAAGAUGGGGGAUGUUUUUAAACUUCAGAUAAUACUGUCUCCAAAGAUUAGCCCUUCAAAAGUAGGAUAGCACUAGGAAUAGUAAAUCGUAUUUUUUCAGCAUUUAUUUACAAUUUCAAAUGAUAAACACAAAUGUAAUGCAUUGCAUGUUACUUAAUUUUUGGAAACCUCUUUUAGGUUUCGUCUUGUUAAUAAUUUACCAUCUAGCAUCUAUUGAAUUGUUUGGGCAGUAGAUGGAACUAUCUUACUUUAUUGAAUUUUCUGUAUAAUAUGAUAUUUUUCUGAAGUAUUUGGCAUACAGAUUUGAAAGUGACCUUAAUCUGAGUUUUCAUGGACUUGUUUACAUGGUUAAACUAGUGUGAAUGCAGAAUGAACAUUAAAAAAAAUAUUUAUAGAAAAGGUGCCUUGAACAUAAACUACAACUAGUUUAAAUUUCAAUGGGUUAAUUACAUUUGUACAGCAUGCCAGUAUUCUGUAAUGUCUUUGUUAAAAAAGCUUUUUUAUUACAUUUUUCUGUUUGGUGUUUAAAAAAAAAUAAUGUGGACUUCCAUUUCUCAGGUAAGUUUCUGAGUUUCACAUGCAACAGUCUGUUUUAAGCGUUGCCAAAUGUUUUGCAGCUGUGGCCUUUAAGUGUGGCCAGGUAUUUUGUGAUUUUAAUGGCCUUAUGUCAGGAUGACUAUUACAAGCACGUGAGGAAUUAGGCAGCUAAAAGUGAAAUUUGUAAAAAUCACCACAUCAAAUGAUAAGGCACCUUUCCUAAGACAAAGAAAGUAUCAGUGAGGGGCAAUAGUAGAAAGUGUUAAACUUCAGUGAAGGGAUUGAGGCACCUAACUGCAGUCUAAGGGACAUUUGGUUUAUCUGAGCCAAUGUAUCAUAAAAAAUUUCUCAAUAAUAGGUGACUACAGGUUAGUGCUCACAAAAACAGAGGUGUGGUGAUGUGUUUGGCCAUCCACUUCUCAUCUGCAGUGCACAGCCAGAACAUUCAACUGGCUUACCCUGUCCUGGGUGUAAAGUUCAUGUCUUAGAAGGACUCCAUAACUAUUUAGCUGUAAGAUAUUCUGUGACAGUUGUGUUCGAAAUUCAGAAUUUUUUUUUAAAUUUCACUGCUGAAAGCUUACAAUUCUUAUACAGAUCUUUGUGUUUCAGGAAAGAGUUUUAGGAGAAAACUUCAGUCUUAAAUCUGAAAGGUCCCACGGUGUUCUAUGGAGGAGUCCACCAUGAAGGUCUUGGCAUCAUUCUUUAGAAAGAAAUACCAGAAAGGCAAAAACGCACCAGUUAGAUGGAGUCAAUUUUCUUAUCUACCUGUGACCCUGGGAAUAGAUUUUAAAUGGAAAUCUACUUCUCACUGAGAACCUGCUUGGGUUCCCAUGAAGUCACUGUAGUUACUGUCAGUGAUUUCAAUGAAGCAGUGUCAGCUUUUUAUUCAAGAUUUUGUGCACUUUUAUUAGGCCUUAUGCAUUAUAGCAGCAACUGUUUCAUUGUGGGGAUGCAUAUUAUUUAUAUGACUGACAAAGUCUUGCAUCUCAGUCCUCUGCUGAAAGUUUAGUCUCUCCAUUGCUUGUGAUCACAAAAGAUUUAAUUAAUUUCUUGGUGAACAUUUUGUUCAUUCCUUGAUGAAAUGCCAUAGUUAGUAUUUUUCCCAAAUAAACAUUUGUAUUUAAAUAUUCCGUCCCAACAGAGGCACCAUGUGUCUUAGUUCUCAAGGCAUGUUUUCAGCAUAGGCACAAUGUACUUCCACAGCUAGGCAGACAACAGCAAUGCCAUACUGUACUUUUUAAAACACUUAAUAAUUUUUAGCCAGUUGGACAUUUGCCCAAGAUUGUACCUGAAUUGAAGUGCAGUUGGUGUUAAAAAUGGUGGGGGUAGUUUUAGGAAGAUCUUUAGUUUUCCUUUGUGCUCUAGUGAUCUCUGACAUAUGCUUGUAGGCAGAACUAUAUUUGGGAAGGAAAUGAGGGAGGGAGAACAAGGAUCUUGGGGCAAGUUUAGAAGAGAAAAUGCUUUCCAUAUUGUAAUAAGCUUUGGGAAAUCUAUACUAAUGAAAUUUGGAAAUAUUUACUGUAUUUUUCAAAGUACAUUGCUAAUUAAAGUGUCCUCAUAAGGCAGAUAUUUUAAUUUACCAAGUCACCUGUUUUUGUAGAUAUAUACUGCUGGUUUUUACCUGCACAGAAGAUUAAGAUCCUUCAGUGAAGAGCCUGCUCAUAGACUUGAUAGUGCAAAAAAAAUCUCUGUAGAACUAGCAUUUUUUUUUUCAUUUUCAGCUCUCUUCUCAGAGUUCCCACAUAGGAAUGGGCUGUGCUAAGGCUUGAUCUGAGGUUAAUGAAAAUGAAUUCCACGGACCUCAGGGGAACUAGGAUCAGACUCUUAAUGUACUGACAUCACUAUUUCAGGAAUGUAACAAGACCCAGUGCUGCUUGGGGAGGAUAAGGCUCUGCUUGACACCAGGGGAAGAACAGCUUAAUGCCCUGCCUGCAGCUACAGCUUUGAAGGUUGGGAAGCACACUGGGGAGGUCCACAGAUGCUGCAAGGACCAAGUGUUCAUUUGUUCCCUCCAGAACCUGUGUUAGUGGGAAAAUGCUCACCCACUACUGUCUGAUGUACUGAUCUCUGAUGUGAUUGCCUCGUGUCUCCAUGGGAACCCAGUUGUCCAUAAAAUAAAAAGGAAAAUAUAGGUGGCAAAAAAAUUCCAGCAGAUAAAAAGGAUGUGCAGAUUUUUGGAGGGAAAGGUUGGAAUUUGUAUUUUUUAACUUCUUUUUUCCCAAAGCUUGUCUCAAUGUUUCUGCCUUUCCAAAGAGAUGCAGUUCAUUCAGUGUGUCCUAAAUGUGCCUUGCACGUUACGAGUUUUACAACCCACACACACCCAAUGCACUCCCAGUUUUGUAAGGCUGUGAAGUAAUAGCUGUUGCCAUGCAUGACGGUCAUUUGGCCAUAACAUGGCUUGGGAGUUGUGAAAUCCGUAAGAAAUGUCAUGUCAUUCCCGCAUUAAAUAAAGCUCCAUUAGCAUUGUCCCACAUCUCUGUGAAGGCUGGUCAGGGUCAGGCAGUGCUGAGGGGGCUGAGCUCCCUCAGGAGCACUCUUGGGAGCAGAGAGUGGUGCAGCUGGGAGAUGCAGGCUCCUCAUACAGUGCUCAUUCAAUUUGUGUCAUAAAUAAACUACCCCUACAUGCAGUCAUAAUAUACAGUGAAUAAAUUGCUUCAUUUCUUCAGCCUCGUAAUAAACAGCUUUUGCUGCCUCUCAGACUGCAAAAUUAUUGGUUGUUCUCUUAUUAAUGACCUUGCACUGCCCUCUUUAUUCAUGCUAACAAACACGAACUAGAUGUGAAGAAAGAUUAUAAAUCAAGAAAAAGUGAGUUGCCAGCUAUCUCAUAAAUUAGGAUAGUAGUAUUUGUGACAAACCUUGAGCAAAACAAAAAGCUUAUCAGGCACUAGAUGUUUGUGCAUAGGUGAAAAAUUACUAUUCAAAGACACCAACUGUUUGAUCAUUUUUCAGCUUUCUGAAAUGUAUUAAAACAUGUUGUGGUUUAUAAGACAUCAUAAAAAAUACUAAAAUUUGUUGCAGGACAAUGUAAAAAUAAAAUUUAAAUUUACUCUACUAAGCUGUAUGAUAAAUACAUAUGUUUUUUCAUUUGUAGCAUUAUGUGGGGUAAGCUGUACAAUCAACAAGUAGCUUUGCAACUGUGUAAUGCAGAGAUCAGUAGGGUUACCAUGGUACUUAGUGUAAUUUAUUCCCCCUAUCAAUGUUGUAUUGCACAGUACAGUACUUAGGAGUUUUUUAGUUUGUUUUCAUUUAGGAAAGUUAGAGCAACAUAAAGCUGCAGUAGUUCAUGGGUAAUUGAAGCCUGUUCCUCCAAUUUUGCCUUCACUUGCACAAGCACAUAUUCCAUUAGCACCUCAGUGAAAAGAGAGGAGACUACGAUGCUCAGAAGACUGUCUUGCCAUUUCAUUCCUUAUUUCAGAGAGGUGCUUACAGAUAGAUGUCUGGGUACCUUUAUACAGGGUCUGAAAUCUUUCAUAAUUUUCCGCUCUAAGAGUUACAGUUAGGUCUACAAUUUUCACAUUUCACAUGAUACUAAACAUGUUGCAUGUUCUGAGAAUGCUCUUCUGUAAUUGUAAACAGGAUGGAAGAAAACAUUUGUUCUUGGAGAGUUCAGAACAGGGCUCCUUUGGUGUUAAGCAAAGCUGGUAGUUCUGAGUUGCUUUUGUGAUGUUGUCUAAUUAAGUCAUAAAACUUGUGCUGCAGACCCUUCACCAGCUCUGUUGCCCUUCUCUGGACACACUCCAGAACCUCAAUGUCCGUCUUGUAGUGAGGGGCCCAGAACUGAACACAGUGUGCCAAGUAUGGCCUCACCAGUGCCAAGCACAAGGGAACAAUCAUUGUCUUGAUCACUGUUACUGAUCCAGCGUGUCCAGGUCCCUCUGCAGACCCUUCCUACCCUCCAGCAGGUCAACACUCCCAGCUAACUUGGUGUCAUCUUCAAACUGACUGAGGGUCCAUGUGAUCUCCUCAUCACAUCAUCAGUAAAGGUACAAAGCAGGACUGGCCCCAACACUGAGCCCUUGGGAACACCACUGUGCUGGCUGCCAGUGGGAAUUGAUUCCAUCCACCAACAGACCAUACUGCUAGUUUUUUACCCAGUGAGCAGUGCUCCCAUCCAAGCCUCGAGCAUCCAGUUUCUCCACGAGAAUGCUGUGGGAAAUGGUGUCCCUGGCACCCAGAUCAGAGUGGACAGGUCUGUAGUUUCCUGCAUCCUCCUCUGGUCCUUGUAGACUGACAUCAUAUUUGCCAACUUGCAGCCACCUGUGAUCUUCCCAAUAAAGCAGAACUGCUGGUAAAUGAAAGGGACUUGGUGAGCACUUUUGCCAGCUCCCUCAGCACCCUUGGGUAGAUGCAAUCCAGCCCCAUAGAUGUGUGUGUUUAAGUGGUAUAUCAGGUAUCUCACAAUUUCCCCUUGGAUUUUGGGGUUUCAUUCUCCUCCUCAUGCCUCUCUUCUAACUCAGGGGGCUGGUACCCAGAGAACAACUGGUCUUACUAAUAUACACUGAGGCAAAGAAAGCAUUAAGUACCUCAGUGUUUUCUUCAUCUUUUGUGACUGUGUUUCCCCCUGCCACAUCCAAGAAAGGAUGGAGAUUCUCCUCAACAUUCCUGUUGCUGAUGUGUUUAUAGACGGCUUCUUUAUUAUCUUUUCUGGCAGUGGCCAGGUUAAGCUCCAGAUGGGCUUUGGCCUUUCUAAUUUUCUCCCUGCAAAGCCUCGCAAUAUCCUUGUGAUGUUGUCCUGAGUUGCCUGUCCCUUCUUCCGAAAGAUAUAAAUAUUUUUUUUUUCAUAUAUAUCUUUGUGGAUUUUUACAAAAUGUCUCUGUGUAUUUCUGGAGGAGGAUCUGGUUUGCUAAAAAUUACUUGGCAUCCCUUCAGAGGAAGCUUCUGUGGUGGCUAUGCAUUUUUCUUUCACCAUAUGUGUUCAAAUAUCUAAAACUUCAAUGGUUAAGUGCAAAAGAUAGUUGGAGGGAAAACCAAUAAUUUCUGAUGCGUGGGCCAUGAUACGUGCUUAUUUUGAAAGUGUUGCUUCCAUAUGUAAAUACAGCUGGGAGAAAAAUUGCUUCUUUUCUCUCCAGAACACACAGAAUUUAUGCCAGUUGAAGUAGAAAUAUUUGAAAGACUGAGCACCAGUGACAAUUUUUUAUUGUAUUUGAGAAAUGAAUGCAAGUAAUUAAUUAGCAUUCAAACACUGGACUCCUACAUGUCUAUUGUAUGUCUGUUCUUGCCUCAUUUAGCAAUCAACAUACUCAAAAUUCAGACUGAUGGUCUGGAGCUUCCCAUGCUCUUCAAUAUUACUCUGAAGAACUGUUCCAAUGAGGCAUUACAAAUAUGCUUAGAUUUUUAAACUAGGCCAUCCCAGGAUAAAGCAUACCACACAUACAUGUUUUGUUAGGUUUUGGUACUAAAACUCUCAGUGCAAUCCUACCUGAUGUAUUGUGGGUAAUUGUUGACUACGUACUUUCAUUGUUUUGUUUGAGUCAUGUCUGAUUUUGACCCAUGGCAACACCAGAUUUAGACAUCAUGUCUGACAGGUUUAUUUCAAAUGUCACAUGUGCUGGAGUGAAAAUGUUCUGAUUUCAGAGUUUAGAUCAAUCUUCUGUAAAGCAGAGUAUGUGGAUCUGUGAUGUUCCAUAAGAUUUCAGAAGAGGAUAUGGAUGUGAAUUUGAAUUACUGAAAAACCAGAGGGACAAAACUAAAAAGCAUUUACAGGUAUCUUCACACACACCAAAAGAAACAAAUAAAAUCAGAAGAUGAAAUCACAAGUGAAUAUUCAUAAUGUUUUACCAGUUGAACAUUUUGCCAGUUGAAAAUGAAAGCUAGUGCACCAGCAUGGCAGGAAACAUAAUAAUCAGUUGUUAUUUGAUUUAAAAAAACUGAGGCACUAAUCUAGAUGGUGCGAAAGAAACAUGAGGGAUGCUACAAAUACACAAGAUCCAGAAUGGAUUUUCCUGCGUAAUUUUGGGGGGUGGGGAGCAUGGGAAAGGAAUUCCAUCAAGUUGGUUUCAAUACUGACAGAUGUAAAGGACUGUGCUGGUUUCAUUUAAAACUACUUGAUAUGUAAAUCCUUUUUUCCUAAGAUGGAAUUCCCGGAUUACAUAGCAGCCAUGUUAUAAGUAUACUGUGUAUGUACAAAUACAAACCAAAAAUUGCCUUGAAAUAAUUUAUUACUUUAUUUUUUACCAAAUAAAAUGUUUCUUUUAAAGCUCA